UGAUUACAUGGACUCGUUUGUGCUUUUUAAAGCCAAUUAAACUUCAGGGAAAAAAAACCAACACGCUCGUUUUAUGACUACAUAAUACCUGUGUGCCAGGAUUGGCCAGCUGCUUUCUGAAGGGUGAAGAUCUAGUAUAACUUUCUUCCACUGAGUUGUGAAAUUCUGUUUAAUCUUCAAACUGGACGAUGUCAAGGGUGCCGAGUCCUCCUCCUCCGGCAGAAAUGUCGAGUGGACCUGUAGCAGAGAGCUGGUGCUACACUCAGAUUAAAGUGGUGAAGUUUUCCUACAUGUGGACCAUAAACAAACUUCGCUUCUGCCGAGAGGAAAUGGUUGAGGUCAUCAAAAGCUCAACCUUUUCAUGAGCCAAUGAUAAACUCAACUGGUGUUUACGCGUGAACCCUAAAGGCUUGGAUGAAGAAAGUAAAGAUUAUCUAUCCCUCUAUCUGCUGCUGGUGAGCUGUCCAAGUGAAGUUCGAGCAAAGUUCAAAUUCUCCAUCCUGAAUGCUAAAGGAGAAGAAACAAAAGCAAUGGAGAGCCAGCGAGCAUAUCGAUUUGUACAAGGCAAGGACUGGGGAUUCAAAAAAUUUAUUAGAAGAGACUUUCUUCUGGAUGAAGCCAAUGGACUUCUUCCAGAUGACAAACUCACUCUCUCUGUGAGAAACAAAAAGGUGAGUGUGGUACAAGACUCUGUAAAUAUCUCCGGCCAAAAUACUAUGAACAUGGUGAAGGUACCAGAGUGCCGCUUGGCAGAUGAGUUGGGAGGACUCUGGGAGAACUCGCGCUUCACGGACUGCUGCCUGUGUGUUGCAGGCCAGGAGUUCCAGGCUCACAAAGCCAUACUAGCAGCACGUUCCCCGGUUUUCAGCGCCAUGUUUGAGCAUGAGAUGGAAGAGAGUAAAAAGAAUCGGGUUGAAAUCAAUGAUGUGGAGCCCGAAGUUUUUAAGGAAAUGAUGUGCUUUAUUUACACGGGGAAGGCACCAAAUCUUGACAAAAUGGCUGAUGACUUGCUGGCAGCUGCUGACAAGUACGCUCUGGAACGUCUGAAGGUGAUGUGUGAGGAUGCACUGUGCAGUAACCUGUCUGUGGAAAACGCGGCGGAGAUCCUCAUUCUGGCUGACCUACAUAGUGCUGAUCAACUGAAAACUCAAGCAGUGGACUUCAUUAAUUAUCAUGCUUCUGACGUCAUGGAGACAUCAGGCUGGAAGUCUAUGGUAGUAUCACAUCCCCAUUUGGUGGCUGAGGCAUAUCGCUCUUUGGCCUCUGCACAGUGUCCCUUUCUGGGACCUCCACGUAAGCGACUGAAGCAAUCCUAAAGUCCUGUCUAUCACAACACCCCGUGUUUUUCUGGAAGCAGCAUCAGCUGUUGCUGCUCUAACCUUGACCACCAGGUAGACAGCGAAAUCUGUGGAGCUUAUACUCUGUUGUUGGGGGGAAGAGACUGCUUCGUGACACCCAGACUUUUUAAAACAGCACCAAGUAACUUGGGGAGAGGGGGGAGGGUGGGCCUGGGGCUCUGGGGCUGUUCAACCUAACAAAUCCCUGUCGCUGCAUCGUCUGUGUGUUCCCUUCGACUUGGCUGAGUCAAUUAAGUACAGGGUUCGGUUUAGGCACCGACCCAUGUCAGAAUAACCCAGCAGUGGUACUGGGGGAAAACAACAUCUCUGCGUCUGGCAGCACAGAACAAACCGUCAGAUGCCUGGAGCAAGAGGACAUUUUAGUUUUGGAGAGAGCAUUGGGGGGUUAAAAAGAAUUUCCAGUGAGGUUCUGGAAAGGAAGUACCUGAUGGGAGCUCCAGUAGUAUUUAUAUCAAAAAAGAGAAUUUAAGUCCUUCCAGCUGAGCUAAAAACUGGACGUUUGUGUAACUCCUUAUUGCCAUCCAGCAACAAGAAGAUCAGUUUCUCUGUUAGUAGCACUUGUAUGUUAAUUGCAAAAAAAAAAAAAAAAAAAAAGGAAAAAAAAAAGAAAAAACACCUUUUA